AGUGGAAGAAUGCAGAGAACAAAUCAGGAUCAGAAACGUUUGGCCAUGGACUUAGGAUCGACACUGAAAAGCAUUCUGCUUUUCAUUUGGAUUUCAAAACUGUGUGCAGAGAUGUCAGCAGAUAACUGCACCAACUACAAGCUGCAGUUUGAGCGGGUUUUCUCUGUUCCUGGAGAUGUGGCCAUGCUGAACAGCACGCUGGUGUCUCCGGACGUGUUCGACUACACAACUGUGCCGUACAACAUCACAUGGUACAACUUGAAAACCGGAGAAGAGAUGAGCAACCUGACCCACAAAGUCUUUGUUCUGAAGGAGACCUUGUGGUUUCUUAACGUAACAAUGGAGGACGACGGGGAAUAUGUGACCAUCCUGAGAACUCCUUCUCACUGCUACACGCAGUCCACCAAGCUGGUGGUGGAGACGCCAGUCUCUGGGGAAUGUGGGAGGCCACAGAAAGCCUACCAAGAGCUUACAAAAGGGGUAGCGGACACACUGAACUGCCCCCUGAUGGGGUACAUCACGAAACUGCACAGCUACAACAUCUCUUCUUCACUUCGUUGGAACAAAGGUUGUGACCCCAUAGCUGAUGGAACAGACAAGUACACCUACCGUGGUCAGACCCUGCUGUCCUUUGACUUGGUAGAUUCCGAUGACGAUUCCUACUACACCUGCACUCUGACUUUCAUCCUCGGGGGUUUUGGAGGAUCUGUGUCGGAGACCAUUGUAGCCCCAGUCAUAGAUGAUACUUCUUUUGGUCCUCAGGUGCACCAACCAGCAAAUGAAAUCAUCAAAGCAAAUAAAGGGUCCAACUUUACCAAAAAGUGCCUGGUGUUUGUGCCAGGUUCUGGGAUGUCCUUUGUUGAUGUCCUCUGGUUGGCCGGAGACGACUACAUUUUCAAUACACAACCCUCUGAGCGCAUCUACACCUCUGAACAGCGCAUCUGGACUCAAGACGAUCCCAAAGGGUUUUGGUUUGAGACGCAGCUCUCUUUCACUGAAUUAAGAGAUGAGGAUUUUAACAUCAACUACACUUGCAGAGCGCACAGUUUCAGAGGCCACCCAGAGGCCUCUUUUACUUUGGUCCCAGCAGAUCCAAACAUCAUGCUUCCCAUCGGAUGUGUUCUCAGUGGCGUCAUGGUUCUCUUCAUCACCACUGUUACUGUAUAUUACAUUUUCAAGGUUGAUUUAGUGCUGUGGUUCAGAAGGGCUUUUCCAGUCCUCUAUGCAAACAAAGAUUUGGAUGGGAAGGUGUUUGAUGCCUAUGUGGCGUAUCCGCAGCAUUACGGCUUUGGCUUCAGAGAGGAAGUGGAGAAAUUUGCUCUGCAGAUGCUGCCUCAAGUGUUGGAAAAAGCUUGUGGCUACAAACUCUUCAUAGCGGGCCGGGACUGCCUGCCUGGACAAUCCAUGGUGGACUCUGUGGAGGAGAACAUUCAAGCCAGUCGCCGCUUCCUCCUGCUCUACACCGCCUCCACCUUCAUCUCCAAAAGACACACAAGCAAUAACAACAACAUCUUCAAAAGCAGUGAUGAAAGUGUCGACGCUGAGAGCAAGACCUGUGAAAGCAGCAUGGAUUUAGACAGCAGCAGUGCGUACACGGACACAAGGCAGCACCUAGAAUGUGUGGCUGCCAUGCACAGAGCACUGCUGGAGAGAUCCCUGAAGGUGGUUCUGGUUGAGCUGGAAGAGAUCUCCCCAGAUCAGCUGGCUCUCUUCCCAGAGUCGGUGCAGCAUCUGAGGAAGAAGCAAGGCGCUGUGUGUUUGUGGAAGGAUUUCAAGACCAGACAAAAAUGGAGGACCCUUUGGAUGACGAGAGAAGAUGAAGGACCGAGAAAAGACUCGCCGUUGUCGGCGUCCUCCUGCCCUUCCUCCAGGUUCUGGAAAGAAAUAAGAUAUCACAUGCCUGUUAGAGGCAAGAGGGUGGUGUAUCCAGAGAAAACUGCUCUGUUGAAUGUAUAAAAAACGUUAUUUUUUCUUACAAACGGUUUAACUCCUCAUGCACAGAACAACUCAGAUUUGAACUGAUUUGUCACAGGGAUAAAGAGGAGCGGAUUUUCAGGUAAUAGAGCAGGUGUGCUUUAAAAGAUUAACCAUGCAACAGUAAAAGAGUCAGUUACUUUUGGUGCAAUCACUUUAAAGCUGCUUUUAUUCUGGUUAAAAUAAUAAAAGCUCCACUCUUAUUUUGUUUGCAAUAUGUAGUCAAACCAAAGUGGCCAGUCAAGGAAAAGUAGGUUCACCAAUAGACUGAUCUUACUGUUUGGGCUCUCCAGAGUUUAAACAACUGUAGGAGUUCCUGGUACAUGGUUUCAGAAAUGUAGAUUUUGUAAAAAAUGUGUAUAAAGAUUAUAAGGACUGUGAAUAUUAAGUAUUGUAUCUGUGAUGCAUUGUUGAUGUUAAACUUUGAGCAAUGUGAAAAUGGGAAUGUUUGAAAGCAAAUUGUUGCAACAUGAAAGCAAUGCACAGCUGCUUUGCAGAAACCACUGCUUUGAAUUGCUGUGAAUAAACUAAAAAUAUCUUGUGUUUA